AUGGCUUCCUGCAGCAGUGUCCAGUCUGAAGAUCAGUUCCAGUGUUCAAUCUGUCUGGAUGUGUACGAUCCUGUCUCUACUUCAUGUGGACACAACUUCUGCAAGGCCUGUAUCACCAAGUACUGGGACAACAGUGACCUGUGUCAAUGUCCCAUGUGUAAAAUUACUUUUGAUAAGAGACCAGAUCUCUAUGUCAACACUUUCAUCUCUGAGAUGGCUGCUCAGUUCAGGAAGUCAGAGCCACUGAAAGCUGCCAUCAGUCCAGAACUGCGUCAGACUAAUCCUGAAGUGUCAUGUGACUACUGUACAGGUACCAAGCGCAAAGCCCUGAAGUCCUGUCUGGUGUGUCUGACCUCUUACUGUGAGACUCACCUGGAGCCUCAUCAGAGAGUUCCAGCCUUGAAGAAACACAAGCUGAUGGACCCUAUGGAGAACCUGGAGGACAGGAUGUGUCAGAAGCAUGAGAGACCCCUGGAGCUGUUCUGUAGGACUGACCAGACGGGUGUUUGUCUCAUGUGCAUGAAAACAGAACAUAGAACCCAUGACACUGUCACUUUAGAGGAAGAGUACAGACCAAAAAAGAAUGAUCUGGGGAAGAUGAUGGCUGAGAUGAACCAGAUGAUGGAAGAAAGAUCUAAGAAGGUUCAGGAGAUCAAACUCUCAGUAGAGACCAGCAAGAGAGAUGCAGAGAAAGAGAUCACGGCUCUGGUGCGCUCCAUUGAGAGAAGCCAGGCUGAGCUCAUUGAGGUGAUGGAGGAGAAGCAGAAAGCAGCAGAGAAACAGGCUGAAGGGUUGAUUCAAGAUCUGGAGCAGGAGAUCACUGAGCUGAAGAGGAGAAGCACUGAGCUGGAGCAGCUCUCACACACUGAGGACCACCUCCACCUGCUGCAGAGCUUCCCGUCCCUGAGCACCCCUCCACACACCAAGGACUGGUCUGAGAUCAGUGUCCACAGUAGUCUGAGUGUGGGGGCAGUGAGGAGAGCUGUGUCUCAGCUAGAGGAGACACUCAAUAAAGAGAUGGAGAAGCUGUCUGACACUGAACUGAAGAGGAUUCAGCAGUAUGCAGUGGAUGUGACUCUGGACCCUGAUACAGCAUAUCCCAAACUCAUCCUGUCUGAGGACGGGAAACAAGUGAGACAUGGAGACAUAAGGCAGGAUCUCCCUGACAACCUAGAGAGGUUUGAUCGUUGUGUCAAUGUCCUGGGAAAGCAGGGCUUCUCCUCAGGGAGGUUCUACUAUGAGGUGCAGGUUGAGGAGAAGACUGAUUGGACUGUGGGAGUGGUCAGAGAGACCAUCAACAGGAAGGGAAAGAUCACACUGAGUUCUAACAACGGACAGUGGACUGUAUGGCUGAGGAGUGGAGAUGAGUACAUGGCACUGGCUGAACCCCGUGUCCUCCUCUCUCUGAGACAGGAGCCCCAGAAGGUGGGGGUGUUUGUGGACUAUGAGGAGGGUCUGGUCUCCUUUUAUGAUGUGGAGGCCAGGUCUCAUAUCUACUCUUUCACUGGCUGCACCUUCACUGAGAAACUCUAUCCAUACUUCAGUCCCUGUGGGAAUGAUGGAGGUAAAAACUCUGCCCCUCUGAUCAUCACUCCUAUCACACAGUGAAAAAUAAAGAUGUGAAAUGCUGAAGUUCAAAAGAAAAUGUAAAUACAAAAUAUGAAUCUGAACAAAACUUUUGUGAGUGUGCUGGAGACAAGGUCCUUUAGAUUGUCAAACAUUUAUAAAAACUCUUUCUACAGGGGCAGUGCUCCCCUGGUGGCUAACAGGGUAGAGCAUGAACUUCAGACUAAGGCCUUGACUCAGGGUUCGAGUCCAGCCUGGGACAUUUUCUGAUUUUCUCUUUAUUAUUACCUUUCCUAUCGCUCUUUCCCGGUCUGUAUCAAAUAACAGCAAAAAUCUGGUAACAUUUUUAAAUCUUGAAACAGGAAAUAUCAUCCAGUCACCCAUAUGCCUCAGUGAAUGAAUAAAAUAAACUGCAGUAAAAUAAUAUAAAACCUCAUUCAAUCCUUUAAAAAAAACAAUUUUGUACACUACCACAAUCAGUGAAAAGCACAAAUCACCUAUGAAAAGUUCUGUUUAGUUUAGAAAACCUCCAACAUAAUGCUUGUAUUCAGGGAUGAUUUACAAACACACAGUUGUGUUUCAGGUUCACACUAGUUCUGUUCAAGUUGGAAAUGCUCUGAAGAGCAUAAACUCUUGCUUUCUCCCACUGUUUCGGUUAGUGUUUUUAAGUAGUUUAGGUUAAUCCACAUAUUUAACAUUACAAACAAACUCAACAGGUCAGUCAACAAGACAUUCACUUAUGACCAACAGAGUCACUCCUCCUUGCUCUCUCUCAUAGUGGACACACACACACACACACACAAACACAAGCUCUUAAAAUACUUCAAAUUCUACAUGUUUCAAUAGAUUCUGCCUAAACAAAUGGAUUCCUUAAAUAAUUUGAUGACAAAUAGGUCCUAGAAUCAUCAAAAUAUGUCCUCCAACAAUCAAUCUUGAACUCCUACAAACACCCACAGAGAUCACAGACUGUCUUUAGUAUCGGCAUUGAUAUCCCCCCUCAACUGUCUUCAUAGUUAACCCCUCAUCAUCUGUGAACAUAGACAAAGGGUUGUGUUUUGUGUGUGUGUGUAUAGUGCAUUAUUCUUGUGACACCAUCUACUACAGCAAGACUAACAGCAGACAAAGCUACGACAGAGGACAGUUGAGAUAUGAUGUGUGAUGUGAGGUGUUAAUGUCACAGAUGCCAGUUGGCCAGCCUAUGUUGGUCUGCUAUUUCUGUAGUACAUUUUAGUGGGGUUUGAUUGUGAUUUGAGAUGUUUUUGUUUGCUGUGGUUAUUUCCAUUGUCUUGAUUUCAUAUUGUUUACUGUGACUCUCGCAUGGUAUCAUGUGUGUGCUGUUGUCAUGAUAUGUCCAAUGACUGAACUCCCCAGCUGACAGUGACACAGCCCAUCACUCCUAAUAACUUCUUCCACUGAUUGGAUUGAAUGUAUUUUCAACCCGGGUACACACUGUCCAUGCAAACAUGAACACACACACUCACUGAUUUGGGGUGGUCAUGGAGUAGUCCAGCUGUGGUCAAGAUUUGUAACUUAUUUGUUAAUGUCUGAUGUUCUAAAGGGGAAAGGUGGUCUGCUUAAUGUAAACAGGUUCUGCAGACACUCUAGCUUUCUGUCUUGAGUGAAAUGAAACAGGCAGAUGUUAGACGUCCUCUGUAGUCUUUCCAAACCAACUCAAGAGUAUCUGUUCAUGUUGUUGAGUCUAUUAUUUUAUGUAUCAGGGACAAAUAUUGAUGUUGUUUAAUUAAGUGUUCCCCUUUGAUACCUAAACCCCAAAAUGUUGUAAAUAUGUUGAACCUGUAGUUCUCAAACUUAUCAGACCACGUUAAACCUCUUUUCAAACCAAACCGUCCAAGGUUCACCUACAACAAUCUACCAUGUCAGACACGCCACAGAAAAUGAAAUGACCAGUGUAGCCUCUAUGUACGGACGUUUUACUGUUUUAAGAUUGUUCAAUUAUUUACUUGAAAACAUUUUGUUGAAUGUAGAAACUUGUCUCUGUAACACCAGACUAAUCACGUGCAAACAGAUCCCCUCUGACUGCUGAGCAA